AUGAAGCUACUACACAUUACCUCCGGCGAAGUGGUCGUGUGGUCCCGCCCGGAGUUGCCGCCCCCUUAUGCCAUAUUCCCUUACCCUUACGCACGGAACCAAGAGACUGGGGAAACCCAGAGACCAUCAAGAUGGGCAACAGACACUAGUUGCGGUAAAAAGCUUCCCAUUUCAGAUGUGAUCAUCGGUGCUUGUAAGAAAGCACUUGCCAGGGGCAUUCACUACUUAUGGGUGAAGAGUCUUUGUGUUGAUUCAACUUCACUGAUGGAUGUGGAAAAGGCCGCCGAAAACUCUUUUGGUAGACUAAGAGACUCAGCCUUGUGCAUAAUCUUCCUAGAAGAUCUCCCCGCCCAUGCUUCCUCUUCCGACGAAAAGGCUUGGUCAACGUGUAGGUAUUGGGCUCGAGCUUCGGCUCCUCAAGAGCUAGUGGUGGCACCACACGUCGAGUUCUAUGACCAGAAAUGGAACUAUAUAUGCUCCAAAUCAUCGACAGAAUACCUCGAAGUAUUAUCAAAGGUCUCAAAGAUCCCCACGGGUGUCUUGGCCCAUAGUGACAAACUAUUCAGCACAUCUAAUACAAGGAGAAGCUUCCAGGUGGGUGGCCGGACGGCCAGCCACUCGCAGCAACCCAUGGCUCGGUUCACACAAGUUCAUCCACUUCAACAUACGUUUUCCCCUAGGUUGGCAUGUAAUUCCGAAAGGGAUCUGCCGAGAUAUCCUAGGCCGCCGAUGCAAGCCUUUUCUCAGCAUCAUCCAAACAGAACAUCUCCCGCGGAGGCUCUGGCAGGGACCAAGAGAGACAGGUCCGGGCAGCCACUCAAUAUACAUUUGGGAUGUGGUUUAAGAACGUUUUCCUUCAAUCUUGAUUCAAGUCGUAAUGAUGGAUACGACGACUCAUCAACAUGCGACGAAAGCGAACCAAAUAGCGACUCCUCGGAGAGUGGGAGUGGUUCAGAAUCGGAAAUCAGCAGCGACGAGGAGGAUUUCGGGCAUGAUAACGCCAUUUCCAAUGAGAUUUACCAAGCGGCAAAUGAAAACUUUCGAGCCAUGAAGACAGAGCUUGUUGACUUCUCCCACGAGAAAGUUGAGAAGUGGAUGAGCUCAGCAAGCUACGUCCCGCCACCAGACGACAGGUUGCCGCCUCGUAAACGAGCCAGGACAGGAGACCGCCAACCUCAAUCAACAGUAUACUUCAAAAAGAUCGACAAAGAUGAUCCCAACGUUGUCUCUGUCACACGUGUAGAUGGGUACUUUCACUUCGCCUGCCCCUACUACCUCUCCAACCCGACAAAACAUCAGCAAUGUCUGCGAAAACAUGAUCUCCAGUCCGUUGAGGAUGUCAUUCAGCACAUGGGUCAGCGUCACAGAGAGCCGCCUUAUUGUCCCCGCUGCUGCCGACCAUUCGACGGUGCAAGAGAGCGCGAUAGGCAUUUCCUCGCCCGUGUGUGUGAGACCAGCACCUCGCGUGACGUAGAGGGUAUCACUGAACGUCAGAAAUUGAAAAUUGAGAAAAUGGAGAAGCAUCACAACCUGUACAUGGGAGAAAGGAAGCGAUGGAUUAAAGUACGAGACAUCGCUUUUCCGAAUGCUGAACUCGACAGCUUUGAAACACCCUACCUUGAGAGCACUCACGAGGUUCGAGUGGGUAUGGCACGAGACUACUGGGCACGGAACGCCACAGAUGUUAUCCAGGAGUUCUUCCGUAAGAAUAAACAGGCUCAACGGCAAAUGUCACAGGAUGGAACAGCUUUGAGAAUAAUCGAAGGAUUGGUACUAGAUGGGAUCAUCGAUCGGAUAAUGGGUGACCAGGAAGUGGUUGUGGGGAAAUGA